AUCUAAAGCACGCAGUACAGGAAUCUGUCAAACUGAACAACCAGUAUGAAAAGUGCUUGAAACAAAUAACUGUUAUGUAUGGACUUCCUUUUACAGCACAUUUGUAACUACUAAUUAGUCUGAUGGCAAGGGUUUUGUACUGAUAUGAAGCCCCACUUGGUCCUCUGACAAGACCCUAUUGUUUUCACCUUGGAGAGGAGAACUUAGCCACUGGGAAAGACUCUUAUGCUGGUACUGCAAUGCUGACUUCUAGAUUGAUCACUGUGAAGAAUCUUCCUUCGAGGAAGAGGAUCUGUUUCCUGCUGAAACUUGUGUGCUUUGUCAGCUCCGUGUUAAUAUUUUGUGAAUUUUUAAUUUAUUAUGUGGUAAUUUUUCAAUGUCGAUGGCCAGAAGUGAAAGGUGGAGCUCACACAGGUAACACAGAGACUUCAGCUUCAGUCCUGAAGGGCAUAAUUUUAGCUGACACUCACCUGCUUGGUGAAAUCAAAGGACAUUGGCUGGAUAAACUACGAAGGUGGGAAUGGCAAAUGGAGAGAUCUUUCCAAACUGCCUUGUGGUUACUGCAGCCAGAUAUUGUUUUUAUUCUGGGAGAUGUCUUUGAUGAAGGAAAAUGGAGCUCACCUCAGGCAUGGGCAGAUGAUGUCAGGAGAUUUCGGAAAAUGUUUAAGUAUCCAGCUUCUACUGAACUGGUGGUUAUCGUUGGAAAUCAUGACAUUGGAUUUCAUUAUGAAAUGACCACGUACAAGGUAAAUCGAUUUGAAAAAAUUUUCAACUUUACUUCAGGAAAGCUAAUAACUCGAAAAGGAAUAAACUUUGUCAUAGUGAACAGCGUAGCCAUGGAGGGUGAUGGCUGCGCUAUCUGCCGUACCUCAGAGGCAAAGCUUGUGGCGCUUUCUCACAAACUGAAUUGCUCCCAGCAGAACUGGAAUCAUUCCAACAAAAGAUGCAGUGACGUGGAAAAGCUUCCAGCUUCGGAACCAAUCCUUUUACAGCAUUACCCUCUCUACCGGAAAAGUGAUGCUGAAUGCAGUGGAGAAGAUUCUGCCCCUCCAGAGGAGAAGAACAUCCCAUUUAAAGAAAAAUAUGAUGUACUGUCUCAGGAAGCAUCACAAAAGCUGUUAUGGUGGUUUCGUCCCCGUUUGAUUCUCAGUGGGCACACCCAUAGUGCUUGUGAAGUGCUGCAUGCGGGGAAAAUUCCAGAAAUCAGCGUCCCGUCGUUCAGUUGGAGGAAUAGAAACAAUCCUAGUUUCAUCAUGGGCAGCAUAACACCAACUGACUUCUCCCUCCAAAAAUGCUUCCUUCCAUAUGAGAGCAGAGUCUUUACUAUAUACUGUGCAGCAGGUGCUCUGCUUGUAAUCCUGAUACUAGCUCAUUUUCAGCUUCUCACUCCACCAUUUUAUUUUGCUCAGCAUUUAAUCAGUAAGCAUAAAGCAGUAUGAAGAGCCAGACAUCUGCAUUCAGUCACUGAAAUACCAAAGCUGAGAACAGUCAAACAUCAGACUAUAUUCAUGCCAGCAAAUGACCUAAUUUGAUUGCUAGUCUGAAGGCAGGUUGCAUUUACACAUACCAUAGAAGUCCUAUACAGCUGAUAUGACUACUACAGGAUAAAUAAUUAACCAAAAUGAACGUUUCAUGCUGUACAAAAAUACUGUAUUCUACAAUCAAAUGAGUCCUUUUCCUGCUAUAAUUUUUGUAUCAAAUAUGUAUAUUAAAAGUUUAACUGUACAUUA